CACAGACGUCUCUGCAGGCAAGCUUUUCUGUGGUUUUGCCAUGGCUCGCACUAAACAGACAGCUCGCAAAUCCACCGGCGGUAAAGCGCCACGCAAGCAGCUGGCUACCAAGGCUGCUCGCAAGAGCGCGCCGGCUACCGGCGGCGUGAAAAAGCCUCACCGUUACCGCCCGGGCACUGUGGCUCUGCGCGAGAUCCGCCGCUACCAGAAGUCGACCGAGCUGCUGAUUCGGAAGCUGCCGUUCCAGCGCCUGGUGCGAGAAAUCGCCCAAGACUUCAAAACCGAUCUUCGCUUCCAGAGCUCUGCGGUGAUGGCGCUGCAGGAGGCUUGUGAGGCCUACUUGGUAGGGCUCUUUGAGGACACAAACCUUUGCGCCAUCCAUGCCAAGCGAGUGACCAUUAUGCCCAAGGACAUCCAGCUCGCUCGCCGCAUUCGCGGAGAGAGAGCGUAAAUGUAAAGUUACUUUUUCAUCAGUCUUAAAACCCAAAGGCUCUUUUCAGAGCCACCCACUUAUUCCAACGAAAGUAGCUGUGAUAAGUUUUUGUUGUCUUAACAGAACAAAUUUCUAAGGACCCCCCCGGAAAGCAUUAGACUAUGGUCUUGAAGUUCAUUAACAGAAAUACGGUUUGGUCAGUUUUGCAGUGUAGGUUAUUUCUGACCUUAUUAGUAAGGUGCUAUUUGGAGAGAAGCUGUGUAAGUCCACUAUCAUUCAGGCCUCUAGCUUGCUAUGAUUAGCAUUUGUUUAACCAACUUUGUAAGACUAAGAGUAAGGGAAAAAUCUGGUAAGUAGUUAACUGGCGCUUACUAGGCACUUUUGCAAAGCUUUGAAAAGAUCGGAAAGUUGUGUCUUGCGAGUUCCAGUGUCUUCCUCAAAAUGCUUAGAAGGAUUUUCUCAGCUCAAUACAUAGUCCCCUAGGUUUUCUCAUAUAUUUUGUGUAUAUAUAUAUAUAUAUUUAAAUUCAUUUGGCUGUUAACAUUAACCUGAAAUUUAUUCUGGUGCAAAAUGUGAGGCAGGGAUCUAACUGGCUCUCAUUUUAUCCAUAGCUAGCUACCCACUUUAAAUCUGUCAGUCUGUCGACCAAGCACAAUUUAAUCCCUUAUAUAUGAAUUUUUAUAUGUGUGGCUUUGCUUGUAAAUAGUCUAUCUAGUUGCAUUGCUUUGUCUCCUCUAGGACUAUGCACCAUGACAUGCCACAUUUUUUUUUCAGUACUUCUUGCCUGUAGUUAUCUAUUAAAAUCUAGAAUUUACAAGUUUUAACCAUUUUCUUUCUGUUGAUCUUGCUUUUCGGUUUUGGAGGUUGGGGAUUGAGUACUGGAAGAAAAUUUAGAGGGAUGGGAAUACUGUAUGCAAACAAAAGUAAUAUUUACUUUAAAAUUUUUAUAUUUUGUAUUUUUUUAUCAUAGCUUUUACAUCACAUUUUACAGACUAACUUUAGAACAACCACAGAAUGUCCAACAUUAAAACUACUAAUUUCAAAGACCUUGCCUCACAUUCUUUUUUACAAUAAAUAUUUUUUACACCUAACAUUCUUUCUUGGCCUACAUCUAGAAUGUAAACUGAUGUAACAUACUAAAAUCGCCUGACCAACUGUCAACAACAACAAAUCACACACACAAAAGAUUAAAUUUGAAUUGCAUCGUUUACUUAAAUUCAUUUGUGUUCCAGCUUUUAAUAAAGCAGUUUUUGGUUUAUAAAGUAAUAUUUGCAUUUUAAAAAUUAUGAAAAUGAAUAUGUCAGUUUGUUUUAUGAUUCGUUUUUCUUGACUCUUAUACAAGCGACUCUACCUGGCAUAGACAUUUGUUAUCCACAGACAGUAUGGGUAUGUUAGAGAUGCCAAUGGACUUGGUCUAUGCCAAGGUGACUACUCACAAGCUCUGGGCCUAGCUGAAGGUCAAGUAUUUUUUUUCCAGUUAUAGAUGUGCUGGAUCUGAUGUAUAGCGCUUGACUUUUUAUAUUUUCUUUAUCUGUAGGAAACAAAUGUGUUGGAGGUACUGGGUCUGACGAAUAGCAUAAAAGACUAAAGUGACAUUACUGUCUGAGGAUCAGAUGGACAGGGGGUGGUAGCUCAGUCCAGCUAUUCUCCACUCCCUCACUUACAUUCUUUGCCCCCUCCUCAACAGAACAAGGAUUCUGCUGUAACUCUUCAUUGACAGUUGAUAUUUAAAAAUUAACGAAUGGAUGAAAUUCUCAUUUGUGAAAGAAAAUUUAUUGAGCAUUUUGUAUUUGUGAGUAGUGCAAACAUUUUAAUAUUAUAUUAAGAAUCUAUUGUUUUGUAUUAGAGGAGUAAUUAAGGAGAGAUUGGAGACAAAAAGGGGGUGUUGUUUGCAGAAUAUACCAUCCAAAAAUAGACCACUGUGGGAUCAGGAUUCUUUUGAGCUAAAGGCACUUGAAAAACAGCAUUCAAGAAGGGAAUUCUUCUAAACUUUUCUUUCUGAAAACAAGAGAUAAAAGUUCCAAUGUGAAAAAUGCUCUCCUUGUACCAGGUGAAAAGACAUAUUCUUCAGCCCAGAGGCAUAGAUGAGAUAAUUCUGCACAAACACAGCAGGGAGUCAUAGCCGAGAGACUUCUAUACACAAACAAACCUUGUUAAAAUAAUCAUAUUUUCCUUUAAUCUCCUCAUAUGGUUUACUUUCCCACAAUUGCCUCUCUUUAACUUAAUGUGAAAGCAUUUAGCUUUUGCCAUUUCUUUGGGGCUUCACUUUUUUAUGAGGGUUCUCCUGUCCCAUAAAAUUUACAUUAAAUAUAUUUGUAUGCUUUCAUUCUGCUAAUCUGUUUUAUGGCAAAUGAAUUAUCAGGUCCAGCUGGA